GAAAAAGAGGUCAAAUGACAAGCUGGUAACGAAAAACGUCUGGUUUUGUCAGAAGAAGAGGAGCCGCCCGAAACACACCAAACAGCAGAAACCGUCGUGGUACAAUCUGUGACAAGUGUCCUUUGGCUUGGCAUCCAUAGGCCACCGCCAUCAGCAGUCCAAUACAGUGACCUGACCUCCACGCGAAGCCACCACCACAACUCCACAAGAUCUAGAACCUAAGAACCUGCAGAGGAGAGGAAGAGGAGCUUGGGGAGGAGAUGGCCGGCGCCGAGGGCGAGAGGUGGGUGGGGCUAGCAACGGACUUCUCGGAGGGGAGCCGGGCGGCGCUGCGGUGGGCGGCGGCCAACCUGCUGCGAGCCGGCGACCACCUGCUGCUGCUGCACGUCAUCAAGGAGCCCGACUACGAGCAGAGCGAGGCCAUCCUCUGGGAAUCCACCGGCUCCCCGUUGAUUCCCCUCUCGGAAUUCUCUGACCCUAUCAUUGCGAAGAAAUAUGGAGCAAAGCCGGACAUAGAAACCUUGGACAUCCUGAACACUACAGCUACCCAGAAGGAUAUCGUGGUGGUUGUGAAAGUCCUGUGGGGUGAUCCGCGUGAGAAGCUCUGUCAAGUUAUCCAUGAUACCCCGCUGAGCUGCUUGGUUAUAGGAAGCAGGGGCCUUGGCAAGCUCAAGAGGGUGCUCUUGGGAAGUGUCAGCGACUAUGUUGUGAACAAUGCAACCUGCCCUGUCACCGUCGUCAAGUCAACAAGCACCGAAGGUUGAUCUUAUCGCCGAGAUGCCUGGAUGUGAUGUUGUAAUAAAGAUGGUUGGCCUGAUGAAGAACAUGCACUAGUUUCUAGCUAUUUGAAACAUGUUGAACGAGGCAAUUCUAAUGUAAUAAUAAUAGACAAAGUGCCUUAUGAAGGACAUGGUUGACAUGCCUUUGUUGCUGUAUGAGUGAUGUUUAUAGUUUUGAGGGUUUGAAGAUGUGGAUCAUUUGCCUAUUA